GUGGCGGGAGUGGGCGUGGCCGAAGGGUUCAUAUCCCAGUGUCCUUUGUACCUAUUUCCUUUUUGUCCCUUUCCGGCAUCCAAGAUGUCGAAGCGAGGACGUGGUGGGUCCUCCGGUGCGAAAUUCCGGAUUUCCCUGGGUCUUCCGGUGGGAGCCGUGAUCAACUGUGCUGACAACACAGGAGCUAAAAAUCUGUAUAUCAUCUCUGUGAAGGGGAUCAAGGGACGCCUGAACAGACUUCCCGCCGCUGGUGUGGGUGACAUGGUGAUGGCCACAGUCAAGAAAGGCAAACCAGAGCUCAGAAAGAAGGGUGAGUACGCAAGGAGCCCUUAUCUCAUGGUGGAUAGUUGA